CAGAGAUUUGUGCACAAAACUGCACGGGGACGCACGCGCCGCCGCGACCGUGCACAUACGUCUAGUUAACGUUAGGAGCCUUUAUUCGCGUGCAUGAUUUCAGCGCUUUUGCAGAAAACGGAGCAGGAAGCGCGCUGUUUUCGCCGGGGCUUCGGCCGCAGCUGUCGUGAGGCGGGGGGGGGGGGCGCGUCUCUCCUCGCCCCGGCUCGCCUUUCAUCUCCAGCCUGUGGAUUUUGAUGUUUUGACGGCACACAAGUCCGCCGUUAGCCACCAGAAGCUAACAAGCUAGCGGGGGUUUAGCAUUCGCGUUAGCAUGCGAGCAGCAGGACUCAUCUGCGCGAGCUGGCUGAUCACCGGGCUGCCCGCUGUCACUACGCGUGUGUGGGAGAAAAAGGAAGGGGACACCUGUGAAGGUGUGCGACAGGGCGUAUGUGACAGAAGAUGAAGAGGAGGAGAGCAUGUCAGAACACAGCUACAGCCCUGGUGAUGGCCAGUAUCCAGAGGGUGCAGAAGACCGUCUCGCUCCACCUGGCAGUCCCUACUACCUGCCUGAUCCCAGUCAGCUCUGUGUGCCAGAGUUGGGGGAGGAGGGAGCGAGCGGUGUUCGCGGGCCCGUGCUCUUCCAUCCACCUCCCAAUUGUCGAAUUCGAGAAGUCCACUGCGGGACCCAAGUGCGUCUGGUUGUCAUAGCAAUCCGAGACAUCGCCAAAGGGGAAGAGAUCACAGUGGACUACAGUCUAACUGACUGGGGCGAGAAUGCAUUGGAGGAUGAAGCUGGACCCCACCCACUGUCCCUUGCUGUUUCUGAUUACCUUACCCCUUCCUGGUCACUGUCUCCCUCAUCCUCCCCACUCACCCACUCUGAACCCAGUGACUCAGAUCGCGAGGAGGAUGAAGAGGAGGAAGAUGAUGAUGACGACGACGACGACGAUGAAGAAGAGGAAAUUGAGGAGUUGAGAGGCCGAAUGCUUCGUCGCCGCAAGAAGCGCAAGAUGCCGGCAGCUGUCAAUUCAAAGAAGAAGAGCACACCCACGUCCACUAGAGGACCUGGGCGCCCUUGCUCCUCCUUUUCAAGGCCAGUGCCUGUUGCACCCCCGGUCAGAUCCCAGUCACAGCCCCCAGUAGGUUCCCUAGCUCCCCCCACCACCAACAUCAACAAUAACAUUAACAUAAACAUUGGCAGCUCCAGCGGUGCCACCAUGAGCCGGCGGCAGCACUGCCCGUACUGUGGCCGUCACUACCGCUCUUUGGCCCGGCACCUGGAGAAACACCACGCCAACCAGCCUGAGGUCCGGACAGCCAUGGAGCUGGCACACCUGCACACACACAGCUCUUCAAACGGCAGCUCCUCACAUCCCCAACCCUCAUCCUCGUCCUCUGCCUCGGCUACUCACAGCCAUUCCUUCGCCGUUCCUCAGCCCUCUCCCUCCAACCCAGCGCCGCCGUCGCUUUUCCCCAGGAAGAAGGAAUCGCCGACUACCCGCUCGAGUGCAGGGGGCGUCUCCUUCUCCCUCUCGUUGUCGCCACCUUCUUCAACUCAGCUCACACCCUCCAAGAAGGCGCCAAGCUUACCACUGCCUGCCACAAAAAAGCCCACACCCCCGAUGGUGGCACGAGUAAAGAGCCCAUCACCGCCUCCUCCAUCUCCUCCCAAAAGAGGACGGAGGAUGAAGAGAGAGAAGCAGGAGGAGCCGCCGCAGAAGUUGGAGAGCCCGAGAGGUCAAGAGGAGCUGGCUCCACCUCCUACCCCAGAACCAGAUAUAGAUCCGGAAGAAGAUCUGGAUUUGAGUGGAGAUGGGGAAGAUGAUGCACCAGAGGAGAAGAAUGGAGAGACUGUAAGCACACAAAGACACCACAUGUCUCCAUUGCUGUCUUCCCUCUCCUGUCUGGUGGUUUACCUCCGCCACCAGCAGCAUUCCUCUUUCAUGUCUUUAACCCGCUCGCCUCACUCUGCCGAGGCCUGGCGUCUGCUCUGCCAUUCCAGCCUCUCGCUCCUCAUCCUCUACAACCGCCACAGAGAGUGUGAGGUAGCCAAGCUCACUAUCCAGGACUACCGCAACCGUACCACCCCUCAGGCCAGCUCCAGCACGAACCCCCCCACUGGCAUGGAAGCCCUCCUGUCCCCCUUUGAACGUCAUGUGCUUUGUCACCUCCCACGGGCGGGUGUUUUAGGCAAGCGCGGUCGCAUCCAGCCGCUUAUUCUCCCACCACACUGUGAAUCCUGCCUGGAUAUGCUUCUUCAAACCAGCCCGAACGUGGGCGUGGACCCAGACAGCCCCUAUGUCUUCUCCAGACCAUACCACUCUCCUGCCACCCCUCUCCGUGGCACAGACCUUCUAAGGAACCUGGCACGAUCCAGCGGGGCAAAAAACCCGGGAUCACUGACAGCGACGCGCGUGCGACGACAAGUAGCCAUCCUCACCCAGUUGCUGCUAUUAGAGGAGGGUGAGGGCCAGGGUGGCGCUACCAAAUGUCUGGAGGAGUUUUUAGAGCGGGAGUACCACGUGACCCAGAACUGCUCCACUAUCGUGCGUGAUCCUGCACUGAUGGGCCGUGUGGGACGUGUUGUUCUUUAUGGAGAGAGGGAGGGUGUGCUCUUCAGAGGGAUGAGCCUGCAGCACAUCUGCCUGGAGCUGGAUGUGAUGUCUGGAAACUCAGGAGACUCCUUUUCGGAAGACUCUGAGGCUGAAGAAGAGAAGGAGGAAACUAAGGAGAAAUCUGAGGUGUUGGUGAAGAAGAAGGGACCUGGACGGCCACCACGUAAGAAGAGAGCCCCAGUUCCUUCUCCUGUUAGCCCAUCUGUAGCUAAUGCGCAUAAGAGGAGAUGUGUUCCACCCAAAUCAGGGAAGCGCGGUGUGUUGAAGCGUCCCUGGUCAGAGGCGGAGCGUGUAGCAGUAGAGACUCACCUGAACAGAAACCUCAUGGAGCUGCGGGUCCCCGCGAAGGCCGACUGCGAGCGCUGCCUCGAGCUCUGCCCCCUGCUAGUGAGCAACCAGCGAGACUGGAGGGCAAUCAAGUUCUACGUCCACAAUCGCAUCCAGCUGCUGAAGAAGCAGGAGAGGAGGGAAAGCGCCGCGGCAGUCUGUUAGAGCAGAGGCACAGACGACCAAAAUGUGUAAACUAGUACCAGCAAUCGCGGUCAAGAGAAAACUCUUGGUCAUGGUGGAGAGCAGCUUCUUUUUUCAUUUCAUUAUUGGGUGCCGUACCUGACGUUGGGUGCAUUCCUGGACUCAUCACCCUGGUCAUAAGGGAGUAGUGUAAUAAAAGUGACUAAGCUAAGAAAACAGAAGGAUGUUCCAGUUGAGGAUCAUUCGUAUUCAGUGUUGGGUGUGUCUUUGUGUGUGUGUGAAUGUAUGAGUUCAGGCAGGUAAGUGAACGCUAUUUAAAGGUUAUUUUAUGUUAUUACCUAGUUGACGGUGAAGAGCGUUAGAUGUGGAAGAGAGACCAUGACACGCGGCUUGGGAGAGCUGAGCUCCACCAGGACGAGCUACUGCCUCCGGUCCUGCUAGCGUUCGCUGCCGUCGAUGGCUGAUGACCAAACAUUAACUUGCAAAGCUUUGGAGAAAGAAAUGUGAAACGGAGACUGGUAUGAACCUGUACAGUUUGUCUUUGACAUUGACUGGCAUUGAGCCCCCAACCUACAAAAAUCCAACUGACAAACGUAUUAAAGACAUGCAAAGUUUGGGACUGAUGCACCUGUGAAGUGUUUUUUCAUACCUCUAUGUCAUGAUCAUAGGCAGUCUAGUAUGCACGCCUACUUGAUUUGUUUUGCAUAUCAUGAUUUUCAAACUAAUUUUAUUUCAGAAUCAAGCAUAUGGUCUUAUCCACACUGUAAAUACUACGUAAUCUAUGAAAAUUAUACAUUAGUGAUUACAAAGUUGGUAUUGUGUUGUGUACAUACUGUAAAUACUACCUGUACUUAUUAAAGUGUAUGACAUUUUGCUGAGUCUUACUAAAAUUCUGUAUGCAGAGAUAAAAAAAACAUGACAAAUAAAUCCAGGAACACUGA